AAGGCUGGUCUGGUCCCAAGUCCUAACCCAGCCAUCGAAUCCAAGCGAGAGAUUUUUGGUCCAGUUACUCUAUAAACUAUAUAGCAUUGUUUGCCCAGAGGUGUAGUUGGCGUGCAGCUUGCUCUGCUAAUCCUAGACUGUUUUCAGAAAACUGCUCCACCAUGAAGAACAUCAACCUCCAGGGACCCAUAUAACCCCCAUAUGAAGUUUAAGUAGCCAUCACUCAUCGCUCGUUAGUUGUCACAGAAAGAGGGUAGAAGUUCGAGAGAAGUGCACCAUUUCAGGAAAGUCAUAUACUAACCAAAAAGCCCAGCACUGGCAGAAUUAGCAUGUGGAAAAGAAUCCUCAAUUGCCAACAGAUAUUGUUUUCUGUUAGGCAAUACUCUAGAAUUUCUCCUCCACAACCUGCUUACGCUGACCCGGUAAUCCGGGUUUCCAACAACAUAGCCCAAUUGGGUGGCCCAAAAGAAGGUCCAAAGCCUCGGCAGCUCCUGUCUUUGCCUCCAUUUCCUGCACAUCCUCUACCCAGAAAGAACUCAUUCAGCAUCCCUGGUCAGUCCACUCGGGUCACCGCUAUCAGUUGGGUCAAGUAUUACUUUGAUGAGAUUUCGGACACUGUGAUUCAGUCACAUUUCAACAAAGGCCUUGUCCAGAUAGAAUGCCCAAUUUCGGAGGACUCCUAUGUUGACAAGGAAGGACAUAUGAAACCUUUGAGGAAGAUUAGGCCUAAUGAGGUCAUGGAGGCUGGGGCAAGAGUUUACAUACCUGUAUCAGUUGCUGAGACAAGGAUUUCCAAGAGAUUUGACACUAUUCCAAGUGGGACACUAUAUCCAAAUGCCGAUGAGAUAGAGUACUUGCAAAGGCUCGUCAAGUACAAGGACUCUGCUAUAAUUGUGCUAAACAAGCCCCCAAGACUGCCAGUUAAGGGGAAUCUGCCUGUUCAUAACAGCAUGGAUGCGCUGGCAGCUGCAGCUCUUUCUUAUGAUUAUGAUGAGGGUCCUAAGUUGGUUCAUCGUCUUGACCGAGAGAGCAGUGGCCUCCUCUUGAUGGGGAGAACCAAAGAAAGUGUAGAUCAUCUUCAGUGGUUAUUUAGUGACAUAAACAAAGCAAAUUUCUCCUGUGAGGCUUGGAAUGAUGCAUAUGAAGCAACAUAUCAGAGGUAUUGGGCUUUGGUCAUAGGCUGUCCCAAGCAAAAGGAAGGCUUAAUUCGUGCUCCUCUUUCAAAGGUGCUUCUGAAUGAUGGGAAGACUGAGAGGGUCAUCUUGGCUCAUCAAACAGGUUUAGAAGCUUCUCAAGAGGCAAUAACUGAAUAUCGGGUUCUUGGUCCUAAGAUAAAUGGAUGCUCAUGGAUUGAAUUACAUCCACUUACUAGCCGGAAGCAUCAGCUCCGUGUCCAUUGUGCUGAAGCUCUUGGCACUCCAAUUGUGGGUGACUAUAAAUAUGGUUGGUUUGUUCACCAGAGAUGGAAGCAAAUGCCUCGAGUUGAUAUUGAGCCAACAACUGGGAAACCAUAUAGGUUGCGAAGGCCAGAAGGUCUGGAUGUUCAGAAGGGAAGUGUUUUAUCUAAGGUUCCCUUGUUACAUCUGCACUGUAGAGAGCUUGUACUUCCCAACAUUGCAAAGUUCCUUCAGGUUUUGGAUCAAAAGUCAGAAAAGCUGCAUCCCGCACUGAGCUCAAAGCCAGAUCUCCUUCGCUUUGUGGCAUCAAUGCCUAACCACAUGAAAAUUAGCUGGAAUCUUAUGUCUUCCUAUCUGGUAUAAGAAUGCAAGAAAGUCUGUUCUGUAGAGUCUGAUCUAUGUUUCUUUAGAUCGAUUUUGGUGGUGCACUUUAGCUGUUGUUGUACUCUUAUCAGUUGAUAUUAUGAUAUUUAUAGUAAACCACAUUUCGAUAGAUGAAGUUUCUUACAAAUUACACGUUCAAAUUUCAAUACACAUUUUCAAAGUCCAAGUUCAAUGCAAUCUUAAUCACCUUUUCCUUCCCCAUAAUUUUCAGGUCCAGAAGCAUUAUAUAGGAAGGCAUCCAUAUGUGUGUGUUAUAAUCUAGAUUUUAUGUACCAAACUGGAAGUGCAGCAAUGUACAACUGUUUGGGCUGUAACAACUGAGCAAUGCCAGUCGACAGUAACCAACAGAGCCAUGCCAGGAGAGAAUGAGGGUAUGGGACAGGAGAGAAUUACCCAACUAUGAAUAUCAUUCUUAUCAACAUUAAAUGAGUUUUUAGGCUUAGUAAACAAAAACAUAACGAUCCCUUUAUUCUACAGAACAUCUGAGUAUAAGCAUGCACAUGCACUGAAAUGGAGAACUACUUUUUACACCCAAAAAAAUGAAAAGAAAUUGUACUACACUGUGGGAAUGAAUGUGGUGGUCAGUUUAAAACUUUCAAUGAACAAUAUAAGUGAGAAAAUUUACAUAUAACACCCUUAUCAUUGAUUGAGCCCGUGGGAAAGUCUUCAACUGAGACAACCAAAAAAAACAAGCUUUUGAUGCCACCAACCUCAUUUCCACAAUCUUGCAUUCUUUAAAUUCCUGUCAUGGUAUUGGUAUGUUCAUGACUUUUGAACGUAUUACACUGUUUAGCAUCCUUUUGGUAAUAUGUCAGAGGAAUGGUGCCUGCUUUUUGA